UUUUUUUGCGAAACAAAAAUAGACAAAGAAAAAAGUCUCGUCUUCUUUAUAUAUCUCUUCUUCUUCCUCCUUAGCCUUUGCGUUGGCGAAGAGAGACAGACGAAAAACAAAUGGACGCUCUGUUGGACAAGGCUGCCUCGGCCGUGGACCAGGUCAAACAAAGGGUCUCGGCCUCGGCCGAAAAGGCUAAGGGAACCGUCGAGACGGCCAAGACGGAGGCCUCCUCGACUGUCAGCCAUGCCAGAGAAACCCUCGAAGCCUCCGUCGAAACGGUCAAGGCCGAGGCCUCGUCUGCCCCUAAGAAGCUCGCCGAUUCUCUCCUUCCUCAGGUGAAGGAUGCGGUGGACGGGGCGGUGUCGAGAGGGAUCGAAGGAGCGAAAUCGCUGCUGCAUAGUCUCGAGGAGAAAAAGGGAGAGGUUUCUUCCAAACUCGUCGAAGCUGUGAAGCAUGCGGCCGCUGGGGUCUCUGGCAGUGCUGAUUCUGCCGCGUCUCGUGAUGUUACUGUCUCCGCGGAUAAUCAGCCAUUGUUAGCGUCUGGAGAAAGGGCAGUGGAGUCAACGCCUUGGUGGAAGAACUGUUGCGGAGUUCUUGAUCUUCUCAAAACAUCCGCUACAUGAAUGACGGAAAAUAUCAUAGAAGAUGGAUGAUAACACAACUGGGAAUCCCAUAUGAAGACCAGAGAGAGAGGCCGAGCUCUGUAAAGACAUGGCUUCCAAGUUCAAGAAUGUUGUUUCUGAUUACAUAUAUAUGUAUGUGUGAUGUGAGAUUUUUGUUUUGCUCUGUCAUGUUUGCUGUCCUCUGUGUUUCGAUUUACCAUGAGUUUUGUGUAUGAAGAAAUAAACUGAAAACAAUGUUCUUUCAAUUACUUGGGUUACAAGUUUCUCAA